AUGGCAACCUUUGGCCACUGCUCACCGCUAAUUUUCCUGGCAAUUUUUCUCUCUCAUCUUGCUGCGGUCGCCAAUGGAGAGGAUUUUUUUCUGGACUGGCAUGUGGCGCUGAACACAACCAUCAAACCAGUAUAUGUGGAUCAACCGGUCAUUACCAUCAAUGGAAUGUUUCCGGGACCUCUUAUCAAUGUGACAACCAACGAUGUUGUUCAUGUUAAUGUGUUUAAUGAUAUGGAUGAGCCAUUACUGAUGACAUGGAAUGGCAUACAACAAAGACUAAACUCAUGGCAAGAUGGGGUGUCGGGUACAAAUUGCCCGAUCCAACCUAGUAUGAAUUGGACCUAUGUCUUUCAAAUAAAGGAUCAAAUUGGCAGUUUCUUUUACUUUCCCUCCAUCAAUUUUCACAAGGCCGGUGGUGGUUUCGGAGCGAUCCGAGUUAACAACCGGGGUGUGAUUGCAGUACCAUUUCCGCUACCCGAAGCUGAGUUUGAUCUUCUCAUUGGUGAUUGGUAUCACCAUAACUUCAAGAGUGUUAGGGACACUAUGAAUGCAUCAUCUUGUGCCUAUCAUAGUAACCCUGAUAGAAUGCUCAUGAAUGGUAAGGGAUGGGACAAGAAUCAUUCAAAAGUUCAGGAAUCCUUCACUGUUACAAAAGGGAAGACUUAUAGAUUUAGAGUAUCAAAUGUGGGGAUUGCGUGGAGUAUAAACUUUCGAAUUCAAAAUCAUAAAAUGGUGAUAGUUGAAACAGAAGGAUCAUACACCAAUCAAAUGACACUAGAUUCUCUCGACAUACAUGUCGGCCAAUCAUACUCUGUCCUCGUCACAGCGGAUCAAAACCCUGCAGAUUAUUACAUAGUAGCAAGUCCUAAACUGAUUAAUACUUCUGAUAAUAGCACUCUUGUGGCUGUGGGCUUAUUACACUAUGACAACUCCACCACACCCCCUAAUGGGCCUCUACCCAAUGGGCCCGAUCCGUUUGAUCAAGUAUUUUCAGUAAAUCAAGCUAGAUCCAUUACAUGGAACUUGACCACUGGUGCAGCGAGACCCAACCCACAAGGAUCAUUCAAUGUGUCAAAUGUGACACUUUCACAAACCUUCAUUCUUGAAGGAUCAAUAGCUGAGAUCCAUGGUAAUCCUCGUUACACCGUUAACAAUGUGUCUAAUCUAAUUCCGGACACUCCUCUUAAACUUGCUGAUCAACUCGCUAAUGGCUCCGGUGUUUACCAACUCAAUCAAUUUCCUGUCAAUUCUACCUUAUCGGCCUCCAUCAAUGGAACUUUUGUUGUGACCGGAAAUCACAAAGGGUGGCUAGAAAUUGUGUUCAAGAAUGAUUUACAGGUCAUGGAUUCUUGGCAUUUGGACGGAUUCGGAUUCUAUGUUGUUGGGUUUGGAGUUGGAAAUUGGAAACCUGAAUUGCGUUACACAUAUAAUCUGUAUAAUCCGGUUGUCCGCUCUACAAUUCAGGUUUACCCAGGAGGAUGGACAGCAGUUUAUGCAUACCUUGACAAUCCCGGGAUGUGGAAUCUUAGGUCACAACAUCUGAAAAAUUGGUAUUUGGGUCAAGAGCUCUAUGUGAGAGUUUAUGAUGCUGAUCCCAACCCCGCCAAGGAACGACCACCACCGGACAACUUAUUGUAUUGUGGUUAG